AUGGAUUUCAACUCAUGGAACAUUUUUUGGAGUUCGGCUUUCGGACUGUUAGCGGUACUGAUCGUUACAGGAAACUUCUUCUCCAUCUGGGUAUUCCACCGACAGAGAUCCCGCAAACGAUCUUACUUUCUAUUAAUCAGUUUGGCUGUUGCUGAUUUAAUGGUCGGAUUGUUCGCAAUUCCACUUUUAAUAACUCGGAGAAGCACACGACAUUCUCAUUUGCGGUGGCUCCUGUCAACGUCUUUUGACGCUUUCACUGGUUUAACUUCCAUCUAUACACUAGCAGUCAUUUCCUUGGAGAGAAUGUUUGCCAUCGUAUGCCCCCUACGUCACAGAACUCUGACAUUUCGUAAUUACCUCUGUGCUAUUGCCAUGCCGUGGAUCGUAGCAGCGGUUUUCGUUGCUGUUCUUAUUCUUCACUUAAAUGGGAUCAUAAAACAUCCAAGUUACAAAGUUCUUCUCCUCUUGUUCCAGACCACGCCAUUGCUAACCAUGUGUGUCGCGUAUUUCUGUAUUUGGAUCAAACGGAAAUCUACGAAGGGAAUCCGAAAUCACAGAGCUGCAAGAGAAUCAAAAUUAGCCAACACAUUAUUUUUGGUUUCAGGAGCCUCUCUUAUAACUUGGACUCCAUAUCAAAUGAUAAAUAACUUGUCAUACUUUGAAGGUUUGGGUUUUCGGAUUUCUUUGACAAUUUUCUACCUAAGCAAGAUUUUGCAGUUCAGCAACUCGCUUGUGAACGUGGUAAUUUAUCCCCAAAGAAUUCCAGAAUUUAAGACAAUUCUCAAGAACAUAAUUCAUUGUUAUAGGGCUGCAUCAGAGACCUACAACUGCACGCUCCCAACCAGCUGUUCCUUUGAACAGAAUCGCUUAAUUGCGAUGCUGAACAGUAAAUUUUACUCAAAGAUGGGGAAUAUGAAUUCCCAUUAUAUUGACAAUAGCAGAAAAAAGUGA